CGAUGUGUUAAAUAGGAAUGUGUCCUCAGUGCAGCCUGUAGCACGAUGACGUAUUGGAUUGCAGCUUCUAAGUUCUGGACAUUGUAACCUUAACCGCAGUUGAAUUAUUUAGCGACAUACUGUGUCCACCGUCGCAACAUACGUGUUACCCACAUCCAGUACAUAGUGGAUCUAAUCCAAUACGUCAUCGCGCUACAGGCUGCAAGUGAGGAACUCUUGGAAAAAAAAGUGGGGGGGACCAGUACGUGGCAGUUGACUUACUGCCGUUCCGAAACGUAGAUGAAGGAUUUUUGAAUACAAGAUUUCAAGAGGUUUUCUGCAUCUUUAUUUAAAAAAGUGUGCAUCAGAGAGACAUGCAAUUUUUGGUGGUGACAGUUUGGUCUGUAUGCUGGCUCUGUUGCAAAAUACAGGCAGAGAUCUUCACAUCAAUUGGCCAAAUGACAGACUUGAUCUUUGCAGAGAGGGAUUUGGUUCACUCCCUGAAGGAAUACAUCAAAGCAGAGGAGUCCAAGCUUGAUGCUGUGAAAAGCUGGGCAAACAGGCUGGAUGUGCUAACUCUUGCAUCAACUACUGAUCCUGAAGGGUUUUUGGCUCAUCCAGUGAAUGCUUACAAGCUGAUGAAGAGACUUAACACAGAAUGGUCUGAGCUAGAAAGUCUGGUGCUACAGGACUCUUCAGAUGGUUUCAUCGCAAACAUUUCUGUGCACAAGCAGUUUUUUCCAGAUGAGGAGGACCAAAAGGGUGCAGCAAAAGCUCUGAUGCGUCUCCAGGAUACAUAUCACCUGGACUCUGAGAGCUUCUCCAAAGGCAGACUGCCAGGGGUGCACUACAACGCUUUUCUUACUGUAGAUGACUGUUUUGACAUGGGAAAGACAGCGUACAAUGAGAAUGACUACUACCAUGCAGUGCUGUGGAUGCAACAGGCCCUCCGACAGAUCGAUGCUGGUGAGGAUACCGAAACAUCCAAGUCAGACAUCUUGGACUACCUGAGUUACUCUGUCUAUCAGAUGGGAGAUGUUCCACGAGCCAUCGAACUCACCCGACGCCUUCUCUCCAUUGAUCCAAGCCACCAGAGAGCAGGAGGAAAUCUGCACUACUUUGAACAGAUGCUUUCCAAUGAGCUAAGAGACAUGGACCAGACCAAAAAGGAGCACAGUGAAGAGACAUCCAUUCAGCUGGUAACUUAUGAGCGCCCAAAAGAUUAUUUACCUGAGAGAGACAUCUAUGAGGCCCUGUGUAGAGGAGAGGGGGUCAAAAUGACUCAACAGAGACGUAGCAAGUUGUUCUGCCGCUAUCAGAAUGGGAACAGGAAUCCACGUCUUCUGCUCAAGCCUAUGAAGGAAGAGGAUGAAUGGGAUAGUCCGCACAUUGUCCGCUAUCUGGAAAUGCUGUCUGAUGAAGAGAUUGAGAAGAUCAAAGAGCUCGCCAAACCUAGGCUUGCGAGAGCAACUGUGCGAGAUCCAAAAACAGGUGUACUGACAACAGCGCAUUACAGGGUGUCCAAGAGUGCAUGGUUGGAAGAAUAUGAAGACCCAGUCAUUGCACAUGUCAAUCAGAGAAUAGAAGAUGUUACUGGUCUAACAGUGGAUACUGCCGAACUUCUCCAGGUUGCAAACUAUGGGGUUGGAGGUCAAUAUGAGCCACAUUAUGACUUCUCAAGGCGUCCUUUUGAUAGCAACCUGAAGGUUGAUGGAAAUAGGCUUGCCACCUUUCUUAACUACAUGAGUGAUGUGGAAGCUGGUGGUGCCACUGUGUUUCCAGAUUUUGGUGCUGCUAUCUGGCCAAGAAAGGGUACUGCAGUGUUCUGGUACAAUCUCUUCAGGAGUGGAGAGGGAGAUUACCGAACAAGACAUGCAGCCUGCCCAGUUUUAGUUGGUAGUAAAUGGGUGUCUAACAAGUGGAUCCAUGAGAGAGGUCAGGAGUUCAGGAGACCUUGUGGCCUCACAGAAGUGGAAUGAGUCUGCCUGUUGGGAGUUAAACACUUGUUAAGCCAUUAAACACUCAGCUUCUCCUGCAGUGCCUGAACUGUUAUUGAUCACAAACACAAAACCAUGAUGUUGGAUGCACCUUGUCAGAAGUCACUCAGCUGUGGUAACCAUGUUGUAUGUACACUGUAAAAAAAUUCUGUAGUGAUCAGAAAUCAAUAGCCACAACUACCAAGUUGGGAGUCAGGGCUAUAUCAAGUGUAUCAACUUAAAGGAUUGUUUUUUGUCUUUCUGUUCAUAUUUCUCGCUUGUUGUUUUCCCCCCUACUUCAACUGUGCAUGUUACUUUGCUACAACAGAGUUCUGUAGUUUCAUGUUUGUCCUUUUGGGGAAAUGUACUGAGUAGAAUUGACACCACUGUCCCAAAAUAUAAAAUAGGGUCUCUAGAGAAGAGGCAUUACUUUAAAAGCUGAUUUAUCUGAAAAAGGCUUAUAAUAGGUCUAUGAUAACUUCCCUGAAAAAUCUUACUGCUUUUCAGAUGGACAAAGUUUCUUCUUGGAAAGUUUUUGUCCUGGAAUCUUGUGUCUGUCAUGGUUUAUAAAAUGCUAAUAUCCACGCCUACUGUUAAGACUGAUAUGUGCAUAAUUAUUAAAAUAUAUACAUUUUAAAAUAUCAUGGCCUUUUUUAAGACACUGAUAUUUCAACCUCUUUUUCACUAUAAACAAGCUAUAUACAGUGCCUUGCAUAAGUAUUCACCCCCUUGAACUUGUAAUGUAAUGAAUCAACACAAAAUAUUGUAAUCAACCCAUAAUUUUGAAGUAGAAAUAUCAAUAUAGUUUGCUAAAAGAAUUUAAAAAACUAUUGUAAAUUGCAUAAGGAUUCUCCCCCUUUUGCUGUCAAACCCCUAAAUUAGUUCUGCAACAACUAAUUUCUGUCAGAAAUCAGAUAAUUACUUGAAUGGUAUACACUUGUGUGCAGUCAUGUCAUGAAAAGUGUCAUGAGAUCUCAAUAAAACACACAUUCCUGGAAGGCCCCAGAGUUUGUUGGAGAACAUGUCCACAUAUAAUACUGUUUAUCUGUCUGAAUUCAAUUCAAGAUAUCUGUAAAUAAAAUAUUAAUAUGUAAAAUUCUUAAAAUAUUUUAAGUGGUUGGAAUUAUUUGUCUUUAGGAACAUUUUGAUUACUCAAAUUUAUUUAAAUUUAGAUAUCAUGUCAACACCCUCCUAUUAUGCCAUGGGUCAAUUUGACCCAUUUCCACAUUUGAGAUGUCUGAAAUACUGGUUAAUCUCUCUUUUUCUCUUUGAAAUUUUUUGACUUUCCUCAUUUAGGGUCAUAUAUUUACAUGUAAAUAUUUCUCCUUAUGGCUUGUCUCAGACUACAUAUAACUUUUUUCCCCCAACAUAACAGGAGGCUUAAACUUCACUUCCCAGAACACCAUGUGGCCUACACAUUCAUUUUCACCAUCUUACUGAUCACACUCAGCUGUGAACAUUUACUGCCUGUCAUAUCACAGCAAACCAGUGACUUCAUUUCCCAUCCUGCACUGCGGCCUACAAACAUGGCCGCCAUGGACUGCAAUUCCCAGAACACUCUCAUUCAUUUCAAUCAUACACACCGGCAUCAAAUUGUCACUCACAACCACAAUAUAAAGAGACUGUUUGAACGCAAUGACUUUGCAAAGUAUUGAGUAUUAUCACCAUACCAAGAGUUUGUACCCUGUUCCUCGUUUUGUUUCAUGUUCACUGAUCUUGCUUCUUGUUCCUCAUUCUCGUUUCUUUCAUGCCUUGCCUAGUUCAUGCCUAUUUACAGAUCGCCUGACCCAUUGCCUGUUUUUUGACCAUGCUAUUGUCUCAUGAUUUGGAUGUCUGCCUGCCUCUCUUUAUUAAAAGCUCUUAUCUGCACUUCCAUCUGUCCUAACCUUCAUUACGUAGAUUUCGUGACACUGCCAUACUAUCCUAGUUACCAGUCUAUAGUGUCUUAUCGUUACCUUUUUUUUUUCUUUUUUUUUUUAAAUCUCUUUUAUGGUUCAUUGAUGCUUCCAUUCUAUAGAUUGUUGUGUAUGAAAUUCCCAGGAGAUUAGCAGUUUCUGAAAUACUCAAACCAGCCCACCUGGUAUGUGAAUGCUACCCUGUAUCUGCAUGAUUUUUUUGCAUGUGCUGCUGCCACAUGAUUGGCUGAUUGGCUGCAUAAAUGUGCACGUGUACAGGUGUUCCUAAUAAAAUAAGAUUUGGAGUUCUAGCUAGAGUUUUCUACUCACCACAGUUGUAAAGAGUGAUUAUAUGGGUUGCAAUAUCCUUCCUGGCAGCUCAAACCAAUCUUGCAAUUUUGCUCUGACCUCUGUUAUUAACCAGACAUUUCCACCCACAGUACUCAUGCUUUUUUUGUUUGUUUGUUUUAUUUUUUUUUGCACCACUCUGGAGACUCUUUUGUGUGAAAAUCCCAGAUCAGCAGUUUCUAAAAUAAUCAGACCAGCCCAUCUGGCAUCAACAACUAUGCCAAGGUCAAAGUCACUGAGAUCAUACGUUUUCCUCAUUCUGAUGUUUGCUGUGAACAUUAACUGAAGCUCUUGAUCUGUAUAUGCAUGAUUUUUUGCAUUGUGCUGCUGCCACAUGAUUGGCUGAUUGGAUAACUGCAUAAAUGAGUAGGUGCACAGGUGUUCCUAUUGAAUUGUACGUUGAGUGCAUACAUGUGUAUUCACUCAUUCAGGCACACAGGAAGAUGCUUUAUAUAGGGGGAGCUGCCAACUGGAUGUAAAAGUGUGACAUCAUUGCAUUUUGCCAUAGAUUGUAGAUGGUCCUACAUGGAUAGCCUACAGAUCACCAUGGGUUUACUGUGGAUAGGACCACAUACACACCUCUAAGAUGAAUGUGGAUUUACUUUCAGCAA